CCAGCGCCGAGCAAAGAUGAGUCGCCGAUCCUAACCCCUACUGAGGAAAAGUCACGACUACAUCUUCUUAACUCAACACGUUCGAAACAUGGUCGCAGCGCUCAUAUCGCGCUUCAAUGCGUUCUACGCACACAGCUACGAAGUAUAUCCAAUGCGCACGCUCGUCCUGGCGAAUGGGACACUGCAGACCACGGGAGACCUCAUUGCCCAAGGUGUGAACGCCGGUAUUUCUUACAAGCAGCAUGGGCGGUGUGACCCAUGGGAUCCUGCACGGACUGCGCGGUUCGCGGUGUUUGGAUUCGCGAUGGGGCCGUUUUUAGGCAAAUGGCUCAUGGCGCUCGACCGCAUCUUUCCUUUCCCCAAGGCUGGCAGUCCUGUGCCGGCGGUGGCGAAGCGGGUGCUUGCGGACCAAGUGUUGUUCGCGCCCGUCGGCCUUGCAACAUUUCUCUCCGUCAUCGGCGUGCUCGAAGGCAAAAGCGUGCCUGAGAUUAAGACGAAGUUUGACGACGUGUACAUGAUGGCGCUGAAGACCAACUGGACCGUGUGGCCCGCGUUCCAGGCCGUCAACUUUGGCAUCAUCCCGCUGCCCUACCGUCUUCCAGCUCAGCAAUGUGCAGGCAUUUUGUGGACAGUAUUCCUUAGUAUGGCGAACGCCCGGCAAGAUCGUAAGGCAGAAGUUGCGGAGAUGAUCCACGAGAAGGACGAGAGGGUGUAGUGCCAUGUUCUGACACUGGCCUGGCACUACCAGGCGUGGUAGACACUAGGCGGGUGGACCUGCAGCUUUGAUGCGGCCUAUCAAUCCCAAUCAAUGUGUCUCUUGAUAUCUUACAUCAUGAUUUGAUUACGCUAGACUCGACAAUCUGUAGCCUUUGUUUACGUCCAGUGCCCGCAAGCGCAACCAUGUCAGUUAUUUCCGCUAGAUGGAGCAUGUGAGAGCGGCGCUCACACGCGGCCUCAUAAGUUACGGCAAAACUUCGGGCCGACAGCGGAAUGCACCGAUGUGGGGAGGUGGAGAUGAACAGUUCAACAAGG